UCACAGGUCACAGAGUGUGUAUUACCCCUCAGUGUGUGUGUGAGAGUUUGUUAGAGAUGCUUGUGUUUGUGUGUUUUAUCGCAGCACUGGUCAGUAGUGCAGAUGGACAGGCCAACAUGAACGAUAUCUGUAAAGACAUACAGGACUUUCAUCCUUGCAAAGAUCCCUGGACCUGUGAUUUAACGGACAGUCAGUGCUUCUGUAAGGACAGUGCUCCUUACUGCAGGUGUAAUAAUUACAUAGAUGAGUUUUAUCUGGGGAAGACCUGCUCUCAGAAAUGGACAACGUUGACCUUUGCCCUUGUAGCGACACUUCCUGGAGUUGCGCUGGCGUUUGUGAUCGGAGUCUCAGUUCACCUCGCGUACCGAUUCGGGAAAUCAAACAAGAUCCACAGAGAAGGGAAUGAACUCACCCAUAUUCCAGAACAAGAUUUGUUUCCUGGAGUCGUUUUUGCAUCUGACAUGAAGUCUUGUCCGAGCGCCCUUCCUCUUCAUCCUUCUCUUCAAGGCCCCAUGCCCGUGCAGAUGACGGUUCCCACGGUGUCCUCUCGACCAUACAGUGUGUCAGAUAACACACAGUUUGGUGAACCACCAAUGGGAGCUCCUCGACCACAGUACAGUGCACCUGAUUUUGACAGACCACCACUGGGGGAAUUCCACAGCUACACAGGGGGCGGGGCUCAGGUGUUCAGUAACCCGUAUGCUAGUGCGAGGAAACCGUAUGAGGAGCAAAACAUGUCUGUACAACCGUACAACCAACACGCUUCACCUCAACCUUAUGAGGAGCAGAGGAUGGCUCCACCCCCUGCCCAGCCCUUCGGUGCUCCAGAAUAUGGCAGUGCGUUUCCUAGAGCUCAGAUCAGCCGUCUGUACUGACAACCUGCACAUCACACACACACCUCACCCUAGUGUGUUUCUGAUGUUU